AUGACCGUCCACAACGGUUCCUCGCUCUGCGCAGGCGAGCUCGACUCGCUCGCAGUCAGACCACUCGCAAUCGCCCAUGGAUCCCUCAGGGUCGCUGUUCCCGUAUCCACCUCUAAUGGCGACUGGGUCGCCGCAGAAAUCGUCCGAGAAGAGUUUUUACAUUCAAUUAGUACUCUAGAGCCCCCGACACUCGCCCACGACGCGUCCCACCAAGAUCUCGUCGAAGCAGAGGCAAAACUUCUCGCAGAUUUUUUGUCCUUUGUCGCCCACUACGACCAGUCGCGUCUUUGCACGGACAACCUGCUGCUUGCAUCCUUGCAGCACUUUACAAGCACGUAUCUCGCUUCGACCGACGUCCAUUCGUUUGUCGCAGCCUUUGAGGCCGAUACACGCAAGUCUGUCCUCACCUCGUACUUUUUCGCGCUUGCGAAACUCGAGGCAAACCCAAAGCUUCCCGCGCAAGACGUGCCUCGUGCCCCUGCAUCCGCCCUUCUCUCUGCCGCGACAGAGGGAUCCGCCAACAUCUACGGCUUGUUCGGCGGCCAGGGCACCAACGAGGUCUAUUUCGAUGAACUCCGCUCGCUCUACGAGAUUUACAAGCCAUAUGUCGGCGCACUAAUCGCCAACGUGUCUGCCAAAGUCCUCGUACCACUCGCGACAAAGGCCGAACUUGACGGCCAUUCAUUCUACUCGUACGGCCUCGAUGUCGUGGCAUGGCUCGAUGGCUCUGCCCCAGUCCCGCCUGUCGAUUACCUCGCAUCGAUCCCCAUCUCCUUCCCUCUGAUCGGCCUCACCCAGCUCGUCCAAUACCUCGCGUCGUGCCGUGUCUCCAAUCUUCUCCCAGGGGAUAUGCGCAAAAUUCUCAAAGGAACGACCGGACACUCGCAAGGCAUCGUCUCUGCUGUGUGCAUCGCUGCCUCUCAGUGCCUCGAUUCGUUUGAGACAAACACUGAAAAGGCACUUACGUGGCUGUUCUACAGUGGUCUCCGUGGCCAAGAGGCCUUCCCAGUGCUGGCUAUUGACCCAGCGCUGGUCAAGGACUCUGUCGAAGGAGGAGAAGGCGUGCCUUCGCCCAUGCUUGGUGUGACUGGGCUCGCCCUCGAUGUCCUAGAAAAGCACAUUAGUGGUACCAACAAGUAUUUGCCAACCAACGCCCGCAUGGCCAUUUCGCUCUACAACGGUCCACGAGCAUUUGUCGUUACCGGCCCAGCCCGCUCGUUGUACGGACUCGUCACUAGCCUGCGCAAAAUUCGUGCACCGUCGGGUCUAGACCAGAGCAAGAUUCCAUUCUCGCAGCGCAAGGCCGUCUUUUCGGUCCGCUUCCUCACUGUUGGCGUGCCAUACCACAGCUCGUACCUCGACGGCGUCACAGAAAAGGUCUUUGAAACCGAUCUUCAAGGACAGGAACUUUGGACUCCGGCAGAUCUCGCAAUUCCAGUCUACCACACUGAAGAUGGCUCUGAUCUGCGUAGUCUGUCCACGUCGCUCACCAAGUCGCUUUGCGACCAAAUCUUUACGAUGCCCAUCCACUGGGCCAAGGCUACUGGGUUCCCAGAGACAGCCACGCAUGCCGUCGACUUUGGACCAGGUGGUCUGAGCGGCAUUGGUGGCCUGACUGCGCGCAACCUGGAUGGUCGUGGUGUACGCGUCAUCAUUAUUGGUGAAAAGGGCAAGGGAAGCUCCGAGCUCUACUCUACGAGCGCUCCCAAGUACGAGGUCUGGUGGAGCAAGAAGUAUGCACCACAGCUCGUCAAGACUGCAGAUGGUGUGAUUCACAUUGACACACCCUUCUCUCGUCUCCUCGGCAAGCCGCCGAUCAUGGUUGCGGGUAUGACCCCUACGACGGUCAAGGCCGGCUUCGUGAGCGCCGUCCUCAGCGCAGGCUUCCAUGUUGAGCUUGCCGGAGGUGGACACUACAAUGCCAAGGCACUCCGCGCAAAGGUUGCAGAGAUUCAGUCCAAGAUCCCACCAGGCGUUGGUCUUACUCUCAACUCGCUCUACAUUAACCCGCGCCAGUUUGGCUUCCAGCUCCCGCUUUGGCAAGAGCUCCGAAGGGAAGGUGUCCCCAUCGAAGGCUUCUGUGUUGCUGCCGGUAUCCCGAGUACGGAAAAGGCUGCAGAGAUCAUCUCCGGUCUCAAAGCGGCUGGUAUCAAGCACGUCUCGUUCAAGCCCGGAUCAGUUGAAGGCAUUCGACAAGUCGUCAACAUUGCCUCUGCCAACCCCGACUUCCCCAUCAUCCUCCAGUGGACUGGUGGUCGUGCCGGUGGACAUCACUCGUGCGAAGACUUCCACCAACCGGUUCUCCAGACGUAUGCCUCUAUUCGCCAACAGGCCAACAUCUCGCUCGUCGCAGGUUCAGGAUUCGGUGGUGCAGAUGAUGUCUGGCCGUACCUCACUGGACAAUGGUCUUCAGAGCUCUUUGGUGUGCAGCCAAUGCCCUUUGACGGCUUCCUUUUCGCAUCGCGCGUCAUGGUCGCUAAAGAGGCACACACGUCGGAGUCUGUCAAGCAACUCAUCGUCGCCGCGUCUGGUGUCGACGACAAGGACUGGGAGGGUACCUACACACGUGAGACUGGUGGUGUGCUCACCGUCAACUCUGAACUCGGCGAGCCGAUUCACAAGAUUGCAACACGAGGUGUCAAGCUAUGGAAGGAAUUCGACGAUACAGUCUUCAAGCUCCCCAAGGACAAGCGCGCGGCAUGGCUCGCGCAGAACAAGCAAUCCGUCAUCGAAAAGCUCAACCGCGACUUCGCAAAGCCGUGGUUUGCACAGAAAAAGGACGGCACAGUUGUCGAGGCCAUUGGCGAAAUGACCUAUGAAGAAGUCGUCUUGCGGAUGGUCCGGCUCAUGUACGUCUCUCAUGAGAACCGAUGGGUCGACAUCAGUCUCCGUAAUCUUACGGGCGAUUUCUGUCGUCGUGUUGAGGAGCGCUUCUCCCGUGAGGCGCGACCGUCCAUCUUGCAGUCCUACCUCGAACUCGACCAACCACACGAGUUCCUUGCCAAGUUCUUCAAGACGUACCCGGCUGCGAGUGAGCAGCUCGUUGCAAGCGAAGAUGCAGCCUACUUCCUUGCCAUCUCUCAGCGCCCUGGACAAAAGCCAGUUCCUUUCAUCCCGGUUCUCGAUGCCGAUUUUGGUGUCUGGUUCAAGAAGGAUUCGCUUUGGGCUGCGGAAGAUAUCGAGGCCGUGUUCGACCAGGACCCACAACGUGUUUGCAUCCUCCAAGGACCCGUGGCGGUUAAACACUGUGUCAAGGCCAACGAGCCCAUCAAGGAACUCCUCGGCAACAUUGAUGAAUCGCUCAAGUCCAAGCUACUUGCUCAGUACUAUGGUGGAGACGAAUCCAAUGUCCCCGUCGUCGACUAUCUUGGUAGCAGCAUCCCGACACCCCCAGCCACUCAGGGUAUUACCAAAAGCUCGAGCGAAGGCGUAACAGAGUACACCGUUGGUAAGAGCGUCCCGUCGCUCGAUGCUUGGCUCGAGACACUCUCGGGACCGACGGUGGGCUGGCUCCGCGCUCUUCUUACCUCGUCCACAAUUGUCCAAGGCAAAGCAUACAUCGACAACCCGCUUCGCCGUCUCUUCGCCCCACGUGAAGGCCAACGCGUUGUCAUCGAAGGUGGUGACAAGCCGACCUCUAUCACACUCUACGGAGCCGGCCGUUCGUUCGGACCUCACCCAGCCGAUUUCGAAGCCGUUCGCGCCGUCUUUGAUGCCUCGUCUUCGAAAAUUGCUCUCACGAUGAACGAGGAGCGUAAUGGUGUCUCUGUCCCGCUCGAGCUCGAGUUCCAGUACCGACCAGAUCAAGGCUUUGCACCCAUUCACGAAAUUGCCGAAGGAAGGAACAAGCGUAUCAAGGACUUUUACUGGAGGCUGUGGUUUGGAGAUGAUCUUGCAAUGCCCGCUCUCGAGUCACGCCAAGUGUUCGAGGGUCCCGAGACUCGUGUCGAGGCUGCGGAGGUUGAGCGUUUCUGCGCCGUCGUGAGGAACGAGGGUGAAGCGUUCAAGACUGCUCGUAAUGGCACUGUACAGGCACCUCUUGACUUUGCCAUCGUCACUGGCUGGCAGGCGAUCAUCCAAGCCAUAUUCCCCGAGUCGAUUGAUGGCGACCUUCUCAAACUCGUCCAUCUCUCCAACGAGUUCAAGAUGGUUCCGGGCGCCACCCCCCUGCUCGCAGGCGACGUCUGCAAGUCCCAGGCCCGCAUUUCGUCAGUUUCGAACACGGAUGCCGGCAAGUCGGUCAAGGUCACCGGUUUUGUCAUGCGAGAUGGCAAACCCGUGAUUGAGGUCACGUCUGCGUUCCUCUACCGUGGACGCUUCACCGACUACGCCCAAACCUUUGACAUUGUCGCCGAGGACGACUAUGUUGUCGAAGUCGAGACCCAUGCCGACGUUGCAGUCCUCCAGAACAAGGAUUGGUUCCAUUGGGAUGACGACACCAAACCGCUCCAGGCUGGUACCCGUCUCAUCUUCCGCGUUGUUUCGGACUCUGUCUACCAUGACAAGACUUCGUUCACGUCCGUCGAGGUCAAGGGUCAUGCGUAUGUGCGCAAUCAACUCAAGGAACUCAUCCAAGUCGCCACGAUCGAGUACUCGGCCGGACGUACCUUUGGUAAUCCCGUCGUCGCAUACCUACAGCGUCACGGUAAAGCGCAAGGACAGCCUGUGCUAUUCGAGAAUGGAGGAUACACGCUCACGAGCAGUGCAACGCCUUCGACGUUCCGUGCUCCCUCGACCAACGAACCAUACUCCAAGAUUUCGCGCGACUUUAAUCCCAUUCACGUCAACCCGUACUUCUCCGACUUUGCGAAUCUUCCUGCGACGAUUACGCACGGGAUGUGGUCUAGCGCUGCGACGAGGAAGUUUGUCGAGACAGUCGCUGCCAAGGGUCAUCCUGAGCGUGUAUCGGGCUACAAUGUCAACUUUGUCGGGAUGGUCAUUCCGGGAGACGAGUUGACGGUCAAUCUCAAGCAUGUUGGCAUGAAGAACGGCAAGAUGAUUCUCAAGGUGACGACUACGAACCAGCGCGGCGAAAAGGUUCUUGAAGGAGGCGCUGAAGUUGCUCAGCCGGCGACUGUCUACGCAUUCACCGGCCAAGGUUCGCAAGAGCCUGGUAUGGGUAUGGAGCUCUACGCAUCGUCGCCUGCCGCUCGCGCCGUCUGGGACACUGCUGACGAGCAUCUCCUCGCCGUCUACGGCUUUUCCAUCAUCGACAUUGUCAAGAACAACCCAAAGACGAAGACGAUUCACUUUGGUGGGUUCAAGGGCCAGGCCAUCCGCGAACGAUACAUGACGAUGAGCUACGAUGCGCUUGACAAGGACGGAAACGUCAAGACGCUCCCUCUAUUCGCCGAUAUCGACAUCCGCACGCCACUCUAUACCUUUAGCCAUCCCAAUGGUCUGCUAUUUGCCACUCAAUUUGCGCAGAUUGCACUCGUGGUAACGGAGAAGGCCGCAUUUGAGGAUAUGCGCUCAAAGGGUCUCAUCCAAGAAGGAUGUGCCUUUGCUGGUCACUCGCUCGGAGAGUACUCUGCGCUCGCGUCUAUUGCCGACGUCCUCGCCAUCCCAGCUUUGGUCGAUGUCGUCUUCUAUCGAGGUAUCACAAUGCAACGUGCCGUCGAGCGCGACUCGCAGAACAGGUCCAAUUACGCAAUGUGCGCCGUCAAUCCAAGCCGCAUUGGCAAGAGCUUUGACGAUGCUGCGCUUCGAGAGGUUGUUGAUGGCAUCUCCGCAAAGACGGGCCUCCUCCUUCAGAUUGUCAACUUCAACGUCGAGGGUCAGCAAUACGUCUGCGCGGGAGAACUCCUCGCUCUCCAGACACUGACAAAUGUUCUCAACUACCUGAAGAUUGAAAAGGUCGACAUUGCCAAGCUCAUCGCCAAGUUCUCGCUGGACAAGGUCAAGGAAAUGUUGGGCGAUAUCACACAAGCGAGCUACGAAAAGGCACUCGAGAAGCAGAAAGAAGAGGGAUUCAUCAAGCUCGAGCGAGGAUUCGCUACUAUCCCGCUUCCUGGCAUCGACGUGCCGUUCCACUCUCGCUACCUUUGGGCUGGAGUUAUGCCUUUCCGAGCGUAUUUGUCAAAGAAGAUCAAUGCUUCGCAGCUCAACCCCGACAUGCUUGUCGGUCAAUACGUCCCCAACCUCAUCGCCGAACCGUUCCAAGUCACCCUCGAGUAUGCGCAAAAGAUCUAUGACCAGACGUCUUCCCCGACUCUGGAGAAGAUUAUCAACAACUGGGAGUCGGAGCAGUGGGGAGCAGUUCACCAACGUCAAAAUCUGGCCUAUGCCAUCCUCGUCGAGCUUCUUGCCUACCAAUUUGCGUCGCCUGUCAAAUGGAUUCAGACGCAGGACAUCUUCUUCACCCAAUACCACUUUGAACGUUUUGUCGAAAUCGGUCCCAGCCCGACGCUGACUGGCAUGGCGACUCGCACCCUCAAGGCCAAGUACGAGGCUGGUGACAACUCGGUCUCGCGCACACGUGCCAUUUACUGCCACGCAAAGAACGCCAAGGAGAUCUACUACCAAUUCGAAGACGAGCCCGAAGCGGCUGCUGAAGAAACGACUGCCGCCGAGUCUGCAGCUCCUGCAGUAGCUGCAGUCGCGGCGGCCCCAGUCGCAGUUGCCGCACCUGCCAGCAGUGGUCCUGUCGCCCAAAUUCCUGACGAACCAAUCAAGGCGGUCGACAUCCUUCUCGUCAUUAUUGCACAGAAGUUGAAGAAGAAGGUCGAGGAGAUCCCAGUGACCAAGGCUAUCAAGGACCUUGUUGGUGGUAAAUCUACGCUGCAAAACGAGAUUCUGGGUGACCUCCAAGCCGAGUUUUCGGCCGCGCCAGAAAAGGGUGAGGAACUCCCUCUGGACGAGCUUGGUGCUGCGCUCUCAGCGGGUCACUCUGGAAACCUUGGCAAGUACUCGACGGGUAUGAUUUCGCGUCUCGUUGGCGGGAAAAUGCCCGGAGGCUUCAACCUCUCUGCGAUGAAGGCAUAUCUCGGCAAGCAGUGGGGUCUUGGAGCAUCGCGCGCCGAUGCUGCGAUCCUCUUGGGUGUCACUCUCGAGCCUGCAAAGCGUCUGGGAUCUGAGCCUGAAGCCAAAGCAUGGCUCGAUACCGUCGCGGCUGCGUAUGCGAAGCAAGCCGGUAUCUCGCUUUCGUCUGGCGGUGGAGGCAGCGGUGGUGCAGCUGGGGGAGGAGCUGUGAUGAACAGCGAAGAGUUCCUCAAGUUCAAGGCGGAGCAAGAGGCUUUCGCCGCUCAGCAUGUCGAGCUCUACAUGCGUCAUCUCGGACGCGACUCCCGUGCUGGUGGUCAAUUGUAUGACGAGGAGAAGGCAAACUCGGCCAAGCUUCAAUCACGCCUCGACGAAAUUGCUCGCGAACACGGCGACACGUACAUCUCUGGUGUCCUCCCUGUCUUUGAUCCUCUGAAGGCUCGCCACUUUGAUUCGGCAUGGAACUGGGUGCGACAAGAUGCCCUUCUGAUGUUCUAUGAUAUCAUCUUCGGUCGUCUCACGACCGUCGAUCGUGAGAUCACGGCUCGUUGCAUUGCAAUCAUGAACCGUGCCGACCCAGCGUUUAUCACCUACAUGCAGUACCAUAUUGGCAAUUGUGAUCCGACUCGUGGCGAGACAUACAAACUUGCCAAAGAGUUCGGACAACGCUUGCUCGAUAACUGCCGCGAGGCUGUCGGUCAUCCACCACUCUACAAAGAUGUCAAUUUCCCGACGGGUCCGUCCGUCGAGGUGACUCCUCAAGGCGACAUCGUCUACAGUGAGGUUCCUCGUGAAGAUUGUCGCAAGAUGGAGCAAUACGUCCAACAAAUGUCCGGACCAAGCUCUACUGCACCAUCCAUCGACGUGAACAAGCUUUCCGCAAACCUCGCAAACCUGUGGAAACUUGUUCAAACGCAACCAGAGAUCAGCGAGGAGCAACGCUCUAGGAUCAAGAAUCUUUACGACGGUGUCGUUCGUUCCCUCCACAAGGCAGCUCCGGAUAGGCCCGCGCCACGUCCGGGCUCGCCACGCAGUCGCCGCUCAUCGUCCCAGUUCCUUCGCCCUCAGAUUCCUGUCCGUCCAUCUGCAGUUCCAGAGGAUCGUGUUCCUCUUCUCCAUCUCAAGCGCAAGAUUGGAUCGCACUGGGAGUAUUCCGGCAAUCUCACGAGCCUGUAUCUCGACGUCCUUACCGAAAUUGCGACGUCUGGAACGACAUUCAAGGACAAGAAUGCUCUCCUUACUGGUGUGGGCAAGGGAUCAAUUGGAGUCGAGAUCGUCAAAGGUCUGCUGUCUGGUGGUGCUCGCGUCGUGAUCACCACAUCGCGUUAUAGCCGCUCGACCGUCGAGUUCUACCAGGAUAUCUAUCACCGCUACGGCUCAGAUGGAUCCGCGCUCACUGUCGUACCGUUCAAUCAGGGGUCACGUCAGGACGUCGAGGCUCUCGUCGACUACAUCUAUACUACGCUCGCCAUGGAUCUCGACUACAUUCUUCCCUUCGCCGGUAUUCCAGAGAACGGACGCGAAAUCGAUGGUCUCGAUGACAAGUCUGAGCUCGCUCAUCGCAUCAUGUUGACGAAUCUCUACCGUCUCAUGGGUGCCGUCAAGACGAAGAAGGCAAGUCGCAACUUUGUCACUCGUCCGACGCAAGUCGUGCUCCCUCUCUCGCCGAACCACGGUCUUUUCGGCAAUGACGGUCUCUAUCCCGAAUCCAAGAUUGCUUUGGAGAACCUCUUCGCUCGUUGGUCAUCUGAGAGCUGGGGCGAAUAUCUUUGCUUGGCAGGUGCCGUCAUUGGCUGGACACGUGGAACUGGUCUUAUGGGCCCGACAAACACUGUCGCUCAGCAACUAGAGACAUAUGGCGUUCGCACCUUCUCGACCAAGGAAAUGGCGUUCAACAUUCUCGGAUUGAUGCACCCACUUCUUUUCAGUAUCACUCAAGUCGAGCCCAUCUGGGCCGACCUCAGCGGUGCAAUGGAUCGACCCGACCUUGCCGAACUCACUACUCGUAUUCGCAAGGGGUUGAUGGCCGAGGGUGAGAAGCGUAAAGCUAUCUCUCGUGAUACUGCAGCCGACUACAAGGUCGUUCAUGGUCAAGAGGCCGAACGAGUCCUCCAGACCGUCCAAGUUGCUCCUCGUGCCAAUGUCAAGUACGACUUCCCACCACUUGAACCGGCAUCAUCACUCGAGGAUCUCAAGCACCUCCGCGGUCUCAUUGACCUCGACAAGGUCGUUGUUGUCACCGGUUUUGCAGAAGUCGGCCCAUGGGGAGGUUCUCGGACCCGUUGGGAGAUGGAGGCUCGUGGCGAGUUCACCAUCGAAGGCUGCAUUGAAAUGGCUUGGAUGAUGGGUUACAUUAAGCACCAUAACGGUCGCCUCAAGAACGGUGAACUCUACGUCGGAUGGGUCGACUUCAAGACUGGCGAGCCCGUCAGCGAUGGAGAAGUCAAGAAGCGAUAUGAGAAGGACAUUCUUGCUCAUAGUGGCAUUCGUCUCAUCGAACCUGAGCUAUUCAAUGGCUACGACCCGAAGAAGAAGACGUUCUACCAGGAGAUCCAGCUCAACCACGACCUUGAGCCACUCGAAGUCUCCGAGGUCGAGGCCCGCAAGUUCAAGCUUCAGCACGAGGAUAAAUGCGACAUCUGGACGUCACCUUCUGGCGAGUGGUUUGUCAAGCUCAAGAAGGGCGCAAGGAUCAUUGUCCCGAAGUCGUUCAGCUUCGAUCGCCUCGUCGCUGGACAGAUCCCGACGGGAUGGUCUGCCGGCCGCUACGGUCUUCCCGAUGAUAUUAUCGCCCAAGUCGACCGCACUGCGCUCUGGGCACUCGUCUGCACCGCCGAGGCACUCACCAUGUCUGGUGUCAGUGACCCAUACGAGCUCUACAAGUAUGUUCAUCCCUCGGAGGUCGGAUCAAGCUUGGGUAGCGGCAUGGGAGGAACCCAGAGUAUCGCGGCGAUGUUCAAGGACAGACGCGAGGAAAAGGAUGUACAGAUGGAUAUCUUCCAAGAGACCUAUAUCAAUACCGUUGCCGGAUGGGUUAACCUCCUUCUCAUGUCUUCGAGUGGACCCAUCAAGAUUCCAGUCGGUGCCUGCGCCACUGCCCUCCAAUCUGUUGAGAUUGCCUGCGACACCUUGCUCUCGGGCAAGGCCAAGGUGAUGAUCGCUGGAGGCUUCGACGACUUCAGCGAGGAAGGUUCGUACGAGUUUGCAAACAUGAAAGCUACUAGCAACUCUACGACCGAAUUUGCAAUGGGUCGCGAGCCGAACGAAUUCUCGCGACCGACUACCAGCACUCGUGCUGGGUUCAUGGAAGCUCAGGGUACUGGUGUCCAGAUUCUCAUGACGGCGUCGACUGCCAUCAAGAUGGGCGCAGCAAUCCGUGGUAUUGUGGCAUUCACCUCGACCUCGACUGACAAGGCUGGCCGAUCUAUUCCUGCUCCUGGACGUGGUGUUCUUACUAUCGCUCGGGAGCUUACCCCAUCUACUCCGCUUCCCCUCCUCGACGUCAAGUACCGAACCCGUCAGCUCGCUUUCCGCCGUAAACAGAUCGCCCAAUGGGCCGAAAAUGAGCGCCUCAUCCUUGAAGAGGAAGCCGAAACGUGCAAGUCGGAGGCUACUAAGGAGUUCAUCGCAGCCCGCCUCGCGAAUAUCGAAGAGGAAGCCAAGCGUCAAGAGAAAGAGGCACUCGCUACGUAUGGUAUGCUUCAAGGAGCUGAUCCUCGCAUCGCGCCCCUCCGCCGUGCGCUCGCCGUCUGGGGUCUCAAUGCGGACGACAUCGGUGUCAUCUCCAUUCACGGCACGAGCACUAAAGCGAAUGACAAGAAUGAAACUCAUGUCUAUAAUGACAUCUUCAAAACGCUCCAGCGCACUCCAGGCAAUGCCGUUCCAGUCAUUGCCCAGAAGAACUUGACGGGGCACCCGAAGGGAGGCGCCGCCGCCUGGAUGUUCAUUGGUGUCUGCCAGAGUAUCGCCACUGGUGUCGUCCCUGGUAACAGGAAUGCCGAUAACAUUGACAUUGCUCUUCGCCAGUUCGAGUAUCUCAUGUUCCCAUCGAAGACCAUCCACACAGAUGGCAUUCGUGCAGGCCUGAUGACGUCGUUCGGUUUCGGUCAAGUUGGUGGUAGCGCUCUUAUCCUUCACCCUCGCUAUCUCCUGGGCUCUCUCGACCCCGCUCAAUACGAGGCGUACCGUGUUGCCAACCGCGCUCGCUGCCUUGCAUCUUACAAGGUCAUGAGUGAGAUGAUGAUCACAAACUCUCUCGUCAAGAUUAAGGAUCACCCACCCUUCACCCCAGAGCUCGAAGGCGCUGUCUUGCUCAAUCCUCUCGCCCGUGUCACUCGUGAUAAAGCUGGUGAACUUUCCUUCCCUCCAAAGCUCACCAAGGCUCCUUCUGUCGACCUUGCCAAUGUCACAGUCCUCACCGAGUCUCUCAAUAAGGCCGGUGACAGUGCUGGAGUUGGUGUUGACCACGAACUCAUUUCGGCUGUUCCUUCCGACAGCGAGACAUUUGUCGAGCGCAACUUUACGGAUGACGAAAUCAGGUACUGCAAGUCACAACCCAACCCAGCUGCGUCGUUCGCCGCGAGAUGGGCGGGUAAAGAGGCCGUCUUCAAGUCCCUCGGCGUUGCUUCCAAGGGUGCUGGCGCUGCGAUGAAGGAUAUUGAAAUCCUUCCCGACGACUCUGGUGUUCCGCAGGUGCGCUUGCAUGGCAGCGCUCAAGCAGCCGCCUCGAGCAAGAAGAUUACUAAGGUGCAAAUCUCGUUGAGUCACUCCGAGACAAUGGCCAUUGCGUUCGCCCAAGCUACCUUCUAA